AUGUCCAAAGAAGACAACUACGCCCCUGUUCCUAACGACCCAAAUGUCUUGCUUGACAACAAACACUGGGGUCGGCAUGGCGACAUCAAGCCAGAAAACAUUCUUUGGUUCAAGAAAUACGAAGAGUCGCGUCGCAACUUUCUUGUAAUAUCUGAUUUUGGGUUAACUCGAUUCAACACUGCCGAUUCCAGGUCCAAAGUCGCUUAUGACGCAGUCAAGGGUUUCUCAGGAUCUUAUCGGCCUCCCGAUGUGGAUCUGAAAAGAACAAUAUCGCAGAGGUAUGAUAUCUGGUCCCUGGGUUGCGUCUUCCUCGAAUUCGUAUCGUGGUUUCUUGUCGGCCACGACCGAACACAGAAAGAUUUUACAGACUCUCGACUCCAAGAAGAUGGAUCGCAUACUGGAUCGAGGAUUCUUCUUGAGGAUAAGUUUUUCAACUUCAAUCCAAGUAAAGAUGAUGCACCCUCGACAGCUGAUGUAAAGACAUCCGUCACUGAUUGGAUUGAUGACCUGCAUCAACAAAAGAGCUGUGCUGAGCCCGUGCAUGAAAUGCUGAACCUUAUUCAGUACACAAUGCUUAUGCCAGAUGCUAAAGAGAGAUGGGCUUGCUCGAGGAUACAGCCUGUAAUUAACGAGUUGAUCCGGAAGAGCAAACGUGACGCAGCUUAUGCGACCAGUGGGACUCAUGGCGUGUCCGAUCCAUUGAGAUUCCCCUGUAUAUCUGUGGAAUCUCCUGCUGUAUGUGAUCAGCCCGAUAACAUUUGCCAGAUUGUGACUGACACCGGAGAGCAGGAGGGCAAAAUACCGAGUUCACCUGGCACUCCUGACAAGUCCGACCGGAGGGAUAGAUCGUUAUCUCUUUCACCAGCAGCUGCCGUCAGCAGUAGAGAGUAUAAGCUAUCCCCAACAAAGGACCGGAUGAAACGACCGCCAGUCAAGCCAGUGGGCUCUCCAGUGCAAUCGUCUUACUUCUCGCGUUCAGCCACCAAACCUAUUUCCAUGCUGGCCUCUGAUAGAAAGGGUGUUUCGAGAUCGGCGAGGUUGUUGUCCUUUAGUACAGAAGAUUCCACACAAUCGAUCAUGAGUGUGUCGGAGGCGGCAUCAAGUUUUGCAAGUACACCAGACACAUCCCCAUUCUCUAGUCAAUCGGCUGAAGAUUGUUUUGAUGCACCCGAACAAAAUUUGGUCCUAAGGUAG